UUGCCCUCUAUUGAUAUAGAAGAAAUACAGUGAAGUUAUCUGAAAUUGUCCUUCUCAAAUUCUAACAAGCCCAAGUUUUUUUUUUGUUUUUUUCCAAUCAAAACUCCAACUUCAAAUUUCAAAGUCAAUAUUUAAAAUCUCAUCCAUGUAUGACCUACCACCACGUUAUGCACGUGAUAAUCAACCCACUCCUCUCUGGUCUCCACUACAAAAUACAAAGCUAUGUCAUUCCAAACUCUCAGCCUAUAAUUUGCAUCGCCAUGGAAGCCCAACAAGCUGGAAGCAACACCCUCAACCCCACAACUAUUUUGAUGUUUCCAUGGCUUGGCUAUGGCCAUCUCUCUCCUUACUUGGAGCUGGCCAAAGCUCUAACUAGGUGUAGGAACAACAAAUUUCACAUCUACUUCUGUUCAACCCCUGUUAAUCUUGAAUCCAUUAAACCAAAGCUAAUUCCUUCUUCUUCUUCUUCUUACAUCGAAUUUGUGGAGCUUCAUCUCCCGUCUUCUCCUGAAUUUCCUCCUAAUCUUUACACAACCAACGCCCUCCCUCCUCACCUUACGCCCACUCUCCACCAAGCUUUCGCUGCGGCUGCCCCACGCUUUGAGGCAAUUUUACAAACACUUUCUCCGCAUCUCCUCAUUUAUGACUAUUUCCAGCCUUGGGCUCCUCGCUUAGCUUCCUCUCUCAAUAUCCCCGCCAUCAACUUCAACACCUCUGGAGUUUCCCUCAUUUCUCAUGCAUUUCACUCCAUUCACUACCCCGAUUCUAAAUACCCAGUCUCCGAUUUUGUUCUUCACAAGCAUUGGAAAGCCAAGUUAAACCCUGCCGCCGCUUCAGAACACAGCCGCAGUGUCAGAGAAGCCUUUUUCUAUUGCUUCAAUGCUUCUUGUGAUGUAAUUCUAACGAAUAGCUUCAGGGAAGUGGAUGGGGAACAUAUGGAUUAUCUCUCCCUUCUGUUGAAGAAGAAAGUAAUCCCAGUAGGGCCCUUGGUGUACGAACCGAAUGAGGAGGAUCAGGAAGAUGAAGAUUAUUGGAGGAUCAAGAAUUGGCUGGACAAAAAGGAAGCUCUGUCGACGGUUCUGGUGUCACUCGGAAGUGAAAGUUACGCGUCGGAAGAAGAAAAGGAGGAAAUAGGGAAAGGAUUAGAGGAGAGUGAGGCGAAUUUCAUAUGGGUGGAAAGGAUUAAUAAUCAAAAAGGAGAUGAAGAACAAAAGAGAAGGGAAUUUGUGGAGAGGGCUGGAGAAAGGGCGAUGGUAGUGAAAGGAUGGGUUCCACAGGGAAAGAUACUGAAGCAUGGGAACAUAGGGGGAUUUGUGAGCCAUUGUGGAUGGAACUCUGUGUUGGAGAGCAUCGUGUCUGGAGUACCCAUAAUUGGGGUUCCGAUAACUGGAGACCAACCCUUUAAUGCCGGAGUUGUGAAAGAAGCAGGGGUCGGGGUGGAGACCAAGAGAGAUCCCGACGGCAAAAUUCAAAGACAAGAAGUGGCAAAGCUCAUCAAAGACGUAGUGGUUGAGAAAACCAGAGAAGACUUGAGGAUGAAAGUAAGAGAAAUGAGUGAGAUUUUGAGGAGAAAACGAGAGGAGAAGAUUGAUGAGAUGCUGGCUCAAAUUUCUCUCUUACGUAACAUUUGACAAACAUCAAUACUUGGUGUGCACGUGCCUGAUGCACCCUUCUUUUAGUCCAUUUAUCUAAGAGUAAAAAGUUUCAAUAAGACCACGUCCUAUCCCUACUUAAAACAUAAUAGAUCAAUGGAAUAAACAAAGUGGGUUCAUUUGAUUAUUUUGCACUCUACCCCACAUCCAAAUUUGUAAUGAAGUAAUGUAUUAAUAAAUAGUAUUCAAUUCGAUUACACUUGAAAA